AGUCUUCUGGUGGCUCCUGGCCGGGGCAGGCGCCCUGCUGAAGAAACGCAUUUCCCAGGGUCCUCCUGGGGGUGGCGCCGAGUCUCCUGCCGGCGAGCAGCUGCGCCCGGGCGGCGUUGCUGAAAAGGGGGAGGAGGCAGGAGGUCUCUGUUCCGCGAGCCUCGGCGUUUCCUCGCGCCGGCGGUGGAAGAGGAAGGCGGGCUUCCCGUGAGGCAACAGCAGCAGCAGCAGCAACAACUACUUUUGCUUUCGCAACUCUGCCGGCAGCUGCGCAAGCGGCGAGCUGCCCCGCUCUCGGACUCGCUACGAGGGUCCCGCGCCACCUGCCUCGCCCCGUCAGCAUGAGUUUGUGGGCUCGCGUGGGCAUCUUGGGCACCCUGGCGUACUGCGUAGCGAGCAAGAGGAGAGCCCUGGCCGAGCCCAGGAGGAGCAAAGCGCCGCGCGGAAGCGACGACGACGACCCGCUGGAGCUGAAGCUGGUGCAGGUUCUUUUCCGGCACGGCGCGCGCACUCCGCUGAGACCCAUCCCCGAUGUGGAGCAGGUGAGGGGGCCUCCCGCCCGGGGUUGGAAGGAGAGGGACGCAGCUGGCAGAGCAGGGCUGGCCGUCCCACUCGGCCCCCAGCGGGUCACCUUGGGCCAGGCAGUGCCUGCCGUCCAGCCAAACCUGCCUCCCAGGGUCGUCGGCGGGAUGGAAUGGGGAGAGGGGAAACCAUCUAUGCCGCCUUGAACCCCAGGCAGAAAUAAUGCAGUCAAUGCAUACAUGCCUCUUCCCUUUCCCUCUGGCCCUUCCCAAUAACAAGGGCCAUGGGGGAAGCAUCAGCUUUGGGUGGGGGGACGACAUUCAGCAAUAUACCCCCUCCCUGGGUUGGCUCAACCCCUCUUGGCUUCUUGCCCCUGCCAUAGGUGCCAACUCCUAGGUCCCCCCCAAUAAAAUAUUUAAGUAUUUGAGGUGCCUGCCCCCCCAAGUUGAUGGGCAUUGUGAUUCAAAUAGUAUGUGUGUCUGCAGUGCCUUGUGAUCAGUUAUAUGGGCAUGGGGCUCACCUGCCCCCCCCCCGUAUUUUAUUCAACUCAGCACCCCAGCACACACACACCCGCUGUCUAUUUACUUGCAUGCGUGCGCGCACACACACACCCAUCCACACAACCACCCAAGUGGGAAGCACAAGGUGGGGAUCCCUUUGCUCUCCUCUGUUUGAUGGCUAGGAAGAUCUACAGAGUCAGACCACUGAUGCGUUGUCCACACUGGCUAUGCUUCAGGCAGGAGCUUUCCCCAGUCCUACCAGGAAAUGCCCAGGGUUGAACUUCGGACUUCCUCCAUGCACAACCGAUGCUUUGAAACUUUCCUGUUCCUAAGAGGGCAGGUGGGCAAUGACAAAAGGAGGUCCAGCAGGGCCAGGAGGCUCUGCAAGUGGGGGCUUUGAGUGUAGCCCCCUGGUACCUCCCCCUCUGAUGCUGCCCCUGGAUCUGGGCAACACAGGCAAGCCUCAGCCAAGAUCACACGGGGGGGGGCAGCUAGUUGGGGGUGCCUGGUUGUGAUAGUGGUAAAAGGGGGGGGGGGUUAAAAGAACAUGUUAAUAUUGUGUCCUUAAGUGUUAAAAGCAUCUCUGCUACAUUGUUUCACUAAUCUUUGUAACAACCCAACCAGGUAUUAUGCCCCUGUGAUUUUAAAAAAUGCAUUUAUAACCCAGUGCUGUAAAUUGGCAUGAAAAGCAGCAGCUUGCCAAAUAAUUAUCAGGCAUGUUCAUGCAGAAAUGCUAGUGGGGCCGAUGAUGCCCUGGGCUUGGAAAUUCCUGGUGCUAACAGCAAUCAAUUCCUAAAGAAGAUGCUGCACUUUUUUCCCCCAGCUGAGCUAAAAAGCCAUUUGGCACACCAGGAGCAGGUUGGAGGAAGCAGAAGUGGUCCGAGGAGCAGCAGAGGUUGCUGAGCUUACUAGCUCAGGGCUAUCAGUGUGGGCAUUUUCACGAGGCAGCAGGUGAAGGAAGCAUAGGUGGAAAAUUUGGCUUUGCUCAGUGCCAGUAGCCACCAAGCGGAACGCAGGCCAAAGUACAGAAGGUACAGCAAUAAUACACCUUCAUACCGCCAACCCACAAUCUGAUAAAGUGGAUAUUUGCCCCAGAAUGCCUUGGCAUUCUAUAAAAUUUAGAGAACAUGGAAACAAACGUGGGAAUUAUGUUAAAAUGUGGGCUGCUGCAGAGCUAAGGGAGUGAGCUCCAUGUGAGGUCAACUCUAUUGUGGUCACUUGCUUAAUGCCUGCCAUUCAUACUGGUGGGGUGUGCUAGCUUGGGCUGUUCUGCUGCCUGUCAACAAUGAGACGCUUCCUUCAUUGCCAGCUGGGUGCUACAGCCCCAAAUUGUGAGCGCUGGAAGGUGUAAAUGCAACUGUAUGUCAGAGAUGGGGAGUGUGCAGUCCUGCAGACAUUGCUGGACAACUCCCAUCAUCAUCCCUGACCACUGGUCAUGCUGAACGAAGUUGGAAUACAACCCCUGCGAUAUUCACAAUUGCAUGUUAUGUGCCUAUUGAUGAGUGAGAAUAGCGACUCACUUAUAGUGCUAAUUCUCUAUAGCCUUGUUUUGUGCAUCUCCUCCUAUCUUGAAUGUUACCAACCCAUAGGCUAACUAACUAAGUACUAUAAAUAAUUUGAUUGGGGUGCUUGCCUCUUGCCCUUUUAACUUCAGGAGAUACAUACAUAAACAUGCAUUUGCAUUAGUGCAGGAUAGCAGUGAACAUCAACCAGCCUGUAAUAAUAAUAAUAAUAAUAAUAAUUUAUAUCCCGCCCUCCCCCCCCCCCAGCCAAAGCUGGGCUCAGAGAGGCUGUAUAGUCAGAUUUGAAAAUUUUUCACUCUGCUUCAACCAGAUCAAAGUUUGUGUCACUGUCUUUCAUAAACAGGUGAUGAGAGAAGGCAUUGCAACUUCUACUUACCCAGUUUAUGAACUACUUACCCAACACCUGCAUUUCCUCUUGAUUUUGUAGCUGGAAUAGAAUUAAUGGUUGUGUUUAUUUUUCCUUAUGCACCAUGUUCCUCUCUUGGCUCCGCCUAGCAACUUGUGAUAACUUCUGGUGAUGAACAGAUUUGGCAGAUUUACCACCUAGAUCAGUAGGAAGUGCAGUUGUGAAGAAAUUGAGAUUGCUCUUUUUAAAGUUUUAAACUCAUACACUUUAAAGUGGAAUUUCUGGGGAAAUGGCCAAGAACUAUUGAUGGCAGAUAUGCCUCUUAGGAUGAAUACAGAGAAACCCUGAUAUUUUAAACAUUCCAGAUAUGUGCAAGCCUCAUUUGUAUUUUCUGUGUUGCAGUGUUUCCAAAGGCAAGUGCUUGGAAUAGGGCAAGGAUUGGGAGCCCCCCACCCAGCUUACCAGCUUUUCCUCUAAGGACCAGCUGUUUAAUAACUUAAGAAGCCCAUCUAGUCUAGCACUCUGUUCUCACAGUGGCCAUCAGAUGCCCAUGGGAGUACCAUAAGCAGAACCUGAGUGCAACAGUGCUCUCACCACACAUAACUGGUCUUCAGAGGUAUUUUGUUUCGGACAGUGGAGGUAGAACAUAGCCUCCAUAGCUGGUGGCCAUUGAUAGCCUUGUCCUCCACAAAUCAGCUGAGCAGGGUGGGAACACCUGCCGUAGGUGAUGCUAUAAUUGAGGCACUGAGCAAGGACCAUGAUUUGGUUCUCUGUAUUUGUAACCCUGACUAAAAGAAUUGCAAGCAAUCCUCUGUUGACUUUUUAACCAGCAAAAGCGUUGAAUAUAGUAUUUUAGCCCUGACAGUUCUGCAGAGAUCCAUUUUCGCAAGACUUCCUGAUGUUGGUGUCCAUAAGGCAUGUGCAGCACAUUUCAUUAGGGGUGUGCUUACCCAGUAAAUUAAAUUGAAACACAGUUCUUAUGAAGCCGAACAAAGAGAGAGCGAGCACAAGGCAGGAGAACAACAGACAAAGACACACAAAGUGGGAGGGGGUAAAAAGAAGGGAUGGAGACACAGGUGAGGACACGGAGACUCCAGUCCACAAGCCCAUCUGCGCCCCCACCCCCAAUACCAUACUUUGCAUUAUGGCUUCUGAGUCAUACCCAAAACUCCUCACAGGCUGACCCCACUCCUGCUCCUCCACAAAGUCUAAGUCUAAGAAUGACACACAGGAACAAGCUAUUUGCUGCUGCUACUGCUGCUCCUCCUCCUCUUAUUACACACACAAAACAGAGUCAGCCAAGAAGGCCUUGCCACGCUCUGCCUGCUUCUCCAAACACGGGAGUAGGAGCGCUCCCUACUGCCACUGUAGAAACAUUGCUGAGGCUGCAGCCACUUUUUCUUUUUCAAGACAUUAGAGCAUUCAUGGGCACACCCAGAAAGUAUGCCCACAUUGAUGUUUUUGUAUAUUUCAAAACCCUGGAGUAAGAAGAUUGUGAAAUGUGUCACUGCCCGCUCCUCUUGCCGCAGAACAGCCUGAGUGUUGAAUGAGAUGUUUUAGCACCAAGCUUGCAGAGUUUGCCAUGCCUCUAAGCCCACUGAAAUAAAUUUGAUUUUCCACAGUAGUGGGUUGUCAACCUCUUCUAGCUACUUGAAGGUCCCAGUUGCCUACUCAAAUGCUUUUUCUUUUCCUUCAUCCUUGUUUUUGGAACAGGUGGCAUGGGACCCUGCUCUUUUGGAGACGCCUGCCGAAACAAAGUUUGACUACACAGUAACGAACCUGGCUGGUGGGCCAAGACCUUAUUCUCCUUUCGAAGAAAGCUACAAAAAAACAGUGCUGAAGGUGACCCAACAUGUAUUCCUUUGGAAAUGUUGCAUCUCCGUUUAUUUUUUCAGCCAUUCAACAGAGCUUUUCUCUUCCCAGGGCGGAGUGAAUGCAGGCCAGCUGACCAAAGUAGGAAUGCAGCAGACGUUUGCACUGGGGAAACGGCUAAGGAGACGUUACAUUGAGGAGACCCAUUUCCUCUCGCCAGCAUUCAAACCUUCUGAGGUCUUGUGAGUCUCUGAACACUCCAGUUUCCUUCCUAACAGCUUUCUUGCUCUUCCUGCUGACUGUUACGCUCCCUCCCAGCCCACACGGCAUCAUAAGCCUUAGCAAAGUUCCAUCCAAAGUCCUCGCUUGCUUUCUCCCUCACACCACUGUGUUCAGUUUGAUGUUAAGAAUCUCCAGCUAGAACAGAUAGCAGUGCUUGGUACUGCCAUAUUGGUGGCUCAGAGUGCUGAAACCCCUCAAGUCCCACCCCGUGUCAGUUUGUACAGGGAGCAGCCCACUGUGCUCCCAUUUCAUUGGCUGCCUUCUGUCUUUCAGUGUCCGUUCCACUAACAUUGUUCGGAAUCUGGAGUCCACGCGGUGUUUGCUAGCUGGGCUGUUCCAACAGCAGAAAGAAGGUCAGCAAUGAAGGGGAGCUCCUUGCUCCUCUGUUCGCAGUCCUGCCUUGGAGUCUCUCUCCUAACAGAGAUCAUUGCCCUUUACACCACUGUUCUCUUUCUGGCUCUUCUGUUUAUCACUGUCUAUUACGGGUCCACAGCUGUUGUUGGACUACAACUCCCAUCAUCCCUAUCUAGCAGGACCAAUGGCCAGGAAUGAUGGGAGUUGUAGUCUAACAGCAGCUGGGGACCUGAGCCUGAGAAACACUGCCCUAGUGGAUUCUGAUAGGCUACACUUGCACUCUAAAUGAGGAAUUUCACGUUUAGAAGGAACUGGUGACUACUCAGAAAAGGAGUGCUAUGUUGGCUCCCUUGCUGAAACUCCUAGGGUAGAGGAUGUAGUUUGCAAGGUUUGUGGUGUUGGUGGGCUUUUAUUUAUACAGUCAUGCAAUUGGGUGCAGCUCAUGCACUGCAUCAUUUUGGGAACGUUUUCAGUAGGUGAGCUCACCGUGGCAACUGCAUCUGGCCCAGGAGCUAGUAGCAUGUUGCAGAGCUGGCCUCAGAAGGGCCCAGACCCCUGCUGCUCCCACAAGUAUACCUCUUGCUGCAUGCCUGCUUCACAGACCUUUGUUAAUGCAUGCAGGUAUUCUCUACAUGCCUCCCUUUACCCAGGCAGGGCAAACAUCAAUCAUAAGUUUCUGAUACAGCAGAGAGCUUGACCCCCGUAGUCAGCACAACUUGCAUCAUGCCCAUUGCCCAUUGCACCCUACUACCCUUGAAAACUGAAGGAGAUGGAAAAUUCAGCAGCCAGGUUGAUCACUGGAGCAAGACGGUCUGAGCAUAUUACACCGAUCCUAGUCUGACUGCACUGGCCUACCAAUUAGUUUCUGGCCCCAAUACAAAGUCCUGGUUUUGACCUAUAAAGCCUUAAAACAGUUCAGGACCACAAUACCUCAAGGACCGCCUCUUUCCACAUGAACCUACCUAGUCUCUCAGAUCAUCUUCUGAGACUCUCCUUCAUGUGCCUCCUCCUUGAGAGGUCCGAAGGGUGGCAACACGAGAAUGGGCCUUCUCUGCAGGGACUCCCUGUCUGUGGAAUGCUCUCCCCAGGGACGUUCAUCUGGCGCCUUCAUUAUACACCAGGCAAAAACGUUCCUUUUUAACCAGGCCUUUGAUUGGCAUUAUAUGCCCUUUUAAAAUGUGUUCUUUUGGGGGGGGUAUUGGGUUGUUGUUCUUUAUUUUGAUUAUGUAUCUUGUGGUUUUAUAGUUUGACUUUAUUCUGUAAACCACCCUGAGACCUCUGGGCAUGGGGUGGUAUAUUAUUAAUAUUAUUGAAAUAAAUAAAUGCAAAAUUUACAGAACAAAAAAGAGACAAAGCAGGGAGAAAAAAUGAGAAGGAAAAGGGGGGCAGAAAAGGAAAUUGGCUAGUUCCAUCUUCCUCCCAACUCCCAUGAUCAGAGUUGUGGUUCAAAACAUGGGGGGGGGGGGCACAUUGGGGAAGGCUGACCCAGCUAUUAGUCCCAUUUGCUUGGAAUCGCAGGUGGUCAGAGCAGUGUUGCACUCAGGUCCUGCCUGAGGGUUUCCCAUAUGCAACUGAUCAGCCAUUGUGGACUAGGUGGGCCCUUAGCUAAUCCAGCAGGCUCUUCUUAUGUUCCUAAGGAGAAGGUUCGAAAUGAUACUACAAACUGGCAGCCAGAACAAACUUAAAUGGGAAGGCAAUGGCCAUACUGCUUGUGCCAUGCACCUUGAGGGUUGGGAAUGAGCCUCUAUUCAAAACCUUUAGUUGCCCAGCUUUAGAGAAAGAUGGGUAACUUGGGUCCUCUUGAUGUUGCUGGACUAAAACUCCCACCAUCCCUGGCCAUUGCCCAUGCUGACUGGAGCGGAUGGGAGCUAGAGUUCCCAACCACAUCCAGAGAGCCACAGAUAACCGACCCGGCUCUCAAACGCUGCUCUGAGCAGGCACCAAACUUAUAUGUGGAGCUGAACAGAGACCAGGAAGAAGAAUGGAACAAACAAGUUAAAUCUCAAAAGUUUUGAUACUAGGAUUAAGUAAAUUGCAAAGUUCUGCUACCAAAACAUUUGUGCAUAAACCACUAUUUCUUGCAGAAACUCUUAUUGUGUUAAACCUGAUUAUUGGGGAAUGAUUAGGAAGGGAAGAGCACUGCGCUUACUUCUGGUUUUGUAAACCCCAAUGUUUACAACGGUGGCUGUUACAAACUGCUUUGAUUAAGAUAAUGGCAUGCUGUGGUGUAAAUUAAUUUACAAGUAAGAGAAUCAUGUGGUGUAAGUCGUUCUGUGUAAGAGCAGAAUAUAUCACCAACAAGUAUCUGAAGGCAUGUGUUAAUAAGUGUGCUUUGCUGAGCAUUUAGCACAGUGGGCUCUUGCCUUAUUAGUUUGCAGGCAUGAUUUAAUGUUUGCUUGAAGCACAAAUGUAAUUGGGAGCAUAGACUUGUAUGCUCCCAAGUGCAGGGGAAGUUCCCUAAUGAGCUUUGCACAAAUGAGGGUCGAGGUGGGUAAGAGAUUGUCCUAGGAUUAUAAACUAUUUUAAAUCAUUACAAGAUGUGUUUGAAUUAAUUCUUAACAGCCCGAAACUUUAAACCAUGAAUUGCAAGUGCAUUCAAUGUUUUUUUGUCUUGUACAGGACCCAUUACCAUAGUUACAGAUGAAGCAGACUCUGAAAUCCUUUAUCCCAACCCAGUGAACUGCCGUGGACUGAAAGUCAUGAACAGGUAUCUUGCCACAAACAUUCUGUCUGGUGCCACUGUGCAGACAGAAGGUGCAGUAGUUAUUGCAGCAAGGCCUUUCAGAAGACCUUGACCUAAAUUAUAUGCAUGACAUCAGUUGAUUGCCAAAAGCAAUGUGCUCCCCUAAACCCUGUGAACGGUUCUGGACCUGUUCAAGCAUUUAAAAGAACACGUGAGAAGUGUUCAAACUGGGCAGAGGAGCAUAGCUUAGCCACCCCUGCUCCUCCUUUUGCAAGAAGGAUUGAGCUGCAUUCAGAAUCAUCUUUAUCAGGAACUUGUGCAGUCAACAUGCAAAGGUUUGCUGGGCUGGGGAGCUGCACAUUUUCACAUGCUUCAGUUUGAGCCUUCAUACACGCUUGAACCUGAAAGACACCUUCUGACUUCCUGGGGGCGGUUGGCUUGUUGUCCCUCACAGAACAGUUCCAGUGUUCCUCUGUGAAGCAAGCCCAGGCUUGCCAUUCUUACCUUGCCUCUUUCCCUGCACCUUUUUUUUAUGCCAUUGCAAAAGUCUCCUUAGGGAAUGACUGUGUGAGAUCUAGCGAUCUAGCCAUAGCCUAAAAGCUGCUGACGUGUAAGACUGCGAGACGAGAACAAAAUAGCCAAAGCAAAUCAUGCUCUUAUUGUAUGUUAGAGCAGUUGUCCAACUAUGUUGUGAAUAAACUAUUUUCAAACAAUUAAAAAAAAGCAAGCAGUUGGAAUGAAAACUUAUGAAGUAGCCUACCAUACUUCUGUGUCUCACAGCUUGACUAUUUAAACGGCUCAGAUGAUAGCAUUUGUUUCCCCAAACUUAUACUGUAGCGACCGGUUGCAUUUUGUGGAACGGCUAAUGUGCUUGCUGUAGGCUCCUCUGGGAUUAUGAUGGGAAAGGGCUCUCUAAUAUGCUGCUUGACAAUUCUAGUGAUUCAGUGAACUGCGUAACUGGUGCCCAGUCAGCUCAAAUAAAAGCAAGUAUGAUCAUGCUUGUGUCAAAAGCUCGUGGGACAGAGAGUGAACGCCAAUUCCCUAACUCCUGGCAGAGCCAAUACGAUACUAUUAUAAUCACUAUAUUCUAAAACAACCCCAUAUGCAAUUCUGCUUCUUUUUUAAGAACUGCAUCGGUAACCGUUUCCUUUUCAGGGAAGCUGUGGCAAAAUUAGGAAUUUUCAAAGGUGGCUGUAGGCAAGCAUGCCACCUUGUCCCUGCAGUUCAAGGGGCCUGGGACCGUGCAACAUCAGUGUGGCAUGCACACAUGAUGCAAGCAUGCCCCAUGGCCGGCACCCCCCCCACACACCUUGGUGCCCCUGUCCAUAGGCUACUCUUGUACAAUGGUGCAGCUAACCUGUGGUCCCUUCCAGAUAUUGCUGGGCUCUCAAAUUCCAUCACUCCUGGCCAUGCUGGCUGAUGGGAGGUGGGAUCCAGCAACAUCUGGGGCGCCAUUGGUCAUUAACAUCUUCCCUAGUGAGGCAAGAGCUAUUUAGUUAUUUGCCCUGAAAAAGAUCCGAGUCAACUAAGGAAAAAUUAUUUUCACGUGCUUAAGACCUCUUGCUUUUUUGUAACUAAUUGUGAUGCAUUUAGUUGUCUAUUGCUCAAGCAAUCAUUUCAAGCCAAACAGCCCUGCACUCCUUUUCCCCUUCUAACAAGCAGGGGGAUCCAAGCACAGUAGCUUGUGCAGAUUACCAUUUAUGCAUUAUUCUGAAGCUUUCGUUUUUCCUCGACAGAGAGAGGCUGGCCAAUGUGCUUCUUCUGCAGCCAGGAAUUGCAGAGGAUCUGAAGACCAUUAAAGAGAAGAUGGGCCUUGACAGCAAGAACGGGGCGGACUUCUUUCUCCUUUUCGACAACAUUUUUGCAGAACAGGUACGCUGUGCCUUUGUAGGAACAAGCCUGUUUUCUUUAGCCAUCCAAGUUGAUUCAUGCAGGUCUGUGAGAGAAGCUGUGCUGAAGUAGAGCAGUGUGGCAGCCCAGGUGCUGAUGGGCUCCAGCUCCCAUUAGCCCAAGCCAGAAUACCCCAUGCCCAGGGAUGAUGGGAGUUGUAGUCAAGCAAUGUAUGGAAGGCCACGUGUUCACCAUUUCUGUGCUAGCAACUAUUCAGCAGAGUAGCUCUUGUUGCAAAUCGGAAAAUGGCCAAGACAGCUCUGGCAAGAGAGGAAACUAUGUGUCUUCCUUCAACUCCCUCCUCAAAUGUCACAUUUUUUGUCUUUUGGCUUAAUUGUUUAACAUUUCCUUUUUAUCUUUCUCUUCAUCCAAAAAAAAAUUGUUGCCUAUUACACUGGCAAAAUAGAUAAGCUCUUUCUUGCUGUUGUUGCUUAUGGAAAUCUCCAAAGUAGCUUGUAUAAUUAUUUGACUGAAUUUCUCUUAAUAGAUCUUACCUAGGACAUGAUGACACAGAAGUAGGUUACAUGAAGCAGUUAGCAUAUCAGGGGUUGGGCCCAAUUCUGUAAUUCCCUCCUUAGGGUGUAUCUGUGCUCCCAAUAUUAGAUUGAUCCCCAGUGCAUCAUAUGAACAGAUAACACAUACCGAGUUAGACCUAGCCAGACUAAGUGGUCCAAGGUGGGAUAUUGGCAAAGGCCUGCUACUCCACUUUAUCUCAGGUUUGGCACUAAAGAUUAAACUGGAUGUGGGAAAAGCUUGCAUGCAAAGACAUUUUAAGGGGUUACAUCAGUUACAGCAGAGGGAAUAUUGUAUGCUGAACAUGACUAUUACAGAUGCUUAGGCUUUUAAGUGGCCAAGGAUUGUUUUGUUGUUAUAUCUUAUCCUGAGAUCAAUAGAUAUACAGUAGGCUAGAAAUGUUGUAAUAGGAAAAAUAAUGCUCUAGCUGGGUAAACCAGUAUAAUUAUCAAUCAGUAAAAGCAAAGCAUUUAACAGCAAUAAAAAUGUGUGCUUUCAACAUUCAGGGCUUCCUUUCUUUAUGGAUUUGUCUGAAAAAGCUGUGCACCGUCAUUAUGGAGCUUCUUUCUCCGAGAUGCUUCUGACCACCCCAGGGUUUCCUGCAGCCGAGUUUGAAAGCCAUUUUUGUACAACUGAACUGAACUGAACUCACUGAACUGAAUACUUAAAACUUGUAGGAAAUGAAAUGUAAUGAAACCCAGGUUCCUCACUGUAAACUUUCCCCUAUCCUGCUGUUGUCCUUCUGAUCCUGUCUCAUAGAAUUGUAUGGUUGGAAAGGGGUCCUGGGAUUCAUCAAGUCCAACCCCUGCAAGGCAGGAAUCCUGCCCACCGCUGUCCCAGGGUGGGCUCGAACCACCAACCUUCUGGUUAACAGCCAGAUGCACUGACCCAUUAUGCAAUUGUUUUAAAAUUACAGGUUUUAUAUUUUAAUUUUUUUAAUGUACCGUAUAUACUUGAGUAUAAGCCGACCCGAAUAUAAGCCGAGGCACCUAAUUUUACCACAAAAAAACUGGGAAAAUUUAUUGGCUCGAGUAUAAGCCAGUUCACCACACCACAAACCUCCUGAUGGGCCGGAGUGUGUGUGCGUGUAGAUGGCGACUAACAGGCAAACAAGCAGAAAACUGACAGUGGCAAAGGCGGAGGAGGAAGGAGCAGCCAGAAAGGGCUGCUUUUGGGCUGCUUGUUCCUCCGCUGCCUCCGACAGUGGCAAAGGGGACCCUCACUCGAGUAUAAGCCGAGGAGAGCUUUUUCAGCAUUAAAAAUGUGCUGAAAAGGUCGGCUUAUACACGAGUAUAUACGGUAACUUGCUGUUUGGUUUUUAUAUUGCUUUUGUAAACUGCUUGGGUCUUUCUUUUUGAAGUAAGCAGUAUAUAAAUUUGUUAAAUAAACAAACAAAAUGAAUAUUGUGCCAAUUCAGGUAAUUACGUUGCCUGACUGUGGCAGCCAGCAUUGUAGUAGGUAACAUAAGACAUGGGAGGAAAUGGUAAUCAAGACAUAUGAAUGGGACCAUUCAUACGUCUUGAACUGAAAUCUGUCCACUACAUGAAGAUGUUUUCAGGUUGUUCAAGUUAGAACUAAAGGCUUGUUGUUGUUUUUAAAGGGAAUCACUCACGUGCUUAUUGUAACAUUGUUCUUCGUCUUUAGACUUAGAGGAAUGGCCUAGUUCCUUGUCUAACACAACUUGUUCAAGUGCAUGUCCAUGUUAAGAUAUCUAACGAUAAGCACAUGUGUGUCCAUGCCUGCUCUAAAGUAGUGGUGCCAUUUGUCACUGCAGCCUUAGAGUUGUUCUUUAAAUUCACACUAUGCUGUCUUUUAGGCACACGAUCUGCCUAGUUGCCCUAUUCUGAAGAGUUUCAUGGAACUGAUCGAGCAGAGGGCUAUAGACACACUCCUUUAUGUCACAAAAUCGAAUUUAAGGUGAGCAGUCCCAGGGAUGGUAUGGGUGGUAAGCCUGGGGAUAUCUGCAAGACAAAACACAGAAUCACUCUUCUGUUUUAAAACAUGGACUUCUUGUACAGACUAGUCAUGUGUGUCCCUGCUAGCCAGGAACCUUUACUUUUAAACCAGCUCCUGUUCCGAUUAAGUUCUGCCAGUUAUCUAGAACUGUUAAAAGAUGUUGCAACUCUUGUUAGAAACAUUUUUUUAAAAAAAUGGAUCUCUGUUUUGUUAUAUUUCUGACUAGAGAGACUCUCAAGAUGUCAGUUGGUCCUCUACUCAAUAUAAUAGAGAAGAACAUUAAGGCAGCAAUGAACCCUUCCUCUCCUGAAAUCAAGGCCAGGUAUGUAGAUUAUUAGUAUUUACGGUUUUGGCAGAACAUCCCAUUGAGCAGCAUCUACAAGCUAAAAACAUUGAAAGGGGAAAUGGGACAAAUCAAGGGGAGCAGGAGUUGAUGGAACAGUGACAAUUGCACCAUUUAAGAUUUGUGUAUAUAUUUUUAACUGGGUAAAGGUGACUUGUAAAUAUCCUAACUUUAAACGGGAGUUAUGUAGAACUUGGCUCACAAAAGCAGUUUCAUAUGAACAAAUACAAACUAGGUGCUCGCAUGUGGAAGACAGAACAAAAAGGAGAGGAAGGAAUGCUAUUACCCUGAUAAUUCUCAAUUUAGCUUAUUACAUCUACCAACUGACUUGAGAUUCAGUGUAAAUGGAAAAUGCAGCUGCAAUGGCUGCUAUACACAAUGUAUGUCAUCAGUAAGACUGAAUUAUUGGUCACUUCUUCUUUUAUUUUAGAAAGCUUGCUCUGUAUGCUAUUCACGAUGUUACCCUCUUCCCACUGCUAUUGGCUCUGGGGGUCUUUGAUUCCAAGUGGCCUCCAUACGCAGCAGACAUGACAAUAGAACUCUACCAGCGUUCCAAGGACUGGUUUAUACGGCUGCUCUACAAUGGAGAGGUAGGAGGCUCCAUGGUGAUGAUGUUACACAUAUAAAUGGGACCUCAAGUGAGAUUUGGGCAGGAGGCAAAUUCCAUACUCUAGCUUGCACAACAUCUAAAUACAAAGGCUGUUAACAGAUAAAUCACUGAAUCUGGAAUGCAGGGAUCUCAUACCUGUUUCAAGCUACCUUUUGGUAACAUUUAAAGCAACUCUCUUCUCUUUGCAAGGCAGUAGUGAUGCUGUAUAUCAGGACUCUGGUCCUCUAGUUGUUACUAGACUACAAAUUCCAUCAUCUCUGACCACUAUCUGAUACUAUUAGGAGUCUAAUAGAAUCUGGAGGACCACAAAGUGUACAAGAUAUUAUUAUUUUUUUUGCCCAAGAGCCUCUUGUAAUGGCAGUUUUUUUGGUGACGUAAAUGUUGAUUUGUCUUGUCUUUCCGCAGGAGCUGGUUCCAAGAGGAUGCAGAGCUGGUCUCUGUCCGCUGGAGGAUUUUCUAAAUGCCCUUUCAACUUACAGUGCUAAUCCAGAGGAAUAUAAAAUGCUUUGCUCUCAGUGAUAAGAGAUGUAGAACAGAUAAAUGAUUAGUAAUACUAAAACAUUAUUCACAACAUUUGUCUUUUCAAACGCCUUAAAGAAAAGUGUCAUUCACUUGUGGUUUAACUUUGCUAACAGGACAGUUCAAGUAAUGUAAAGUAUAACAGGGAUGAAUGCUGCUGCUACAUUUUGGAAAUUGGGUCCCUGGCUGCGGUAAGAGUUGGUGGUGGCUUAAUAUCCAAAAAGUUGUUACUGUAACCCAGUUUUUCAAAUUAAUGGAAUCUUGCAGAUGGCAGUCAAGUGAUGGCCCUCUGCUGACAGAUGGCAUACACCAGUGAAAAGGGGAGGCAAGGCAAUUUUAAAUAAUCCCUGCCCCUAGGCAAAGCUGCUCCAAAAGAUCCCAGCCUGGAAACAGGGGGGUUCCUGAAAAUUGCCUCUGUCAGUAAGAGAACAUUAAUUGGACACCAAGCACUCUGUACCUACUGCUACAUUUGCUUUUGAGCUCCACUAAGACAUUCAGUGUUCUGAAGCUAGUGCUACUCUUUGUUUUAAGUUCCCUGUGGUCCUUUAGCAGCUAAACUGAACCACUAAACUAGUCUUUCAAAAUUCUCAAUUAAAGUGUUUUACUGGAGCUUAACUUUCAUUCCAGUACACCUAUAUAUAGCUGCUGUCAGAAGCUACAGCCAUUAGCAGGGCAAAGUCUCUUUCCUUGGAACUUCAACCAGCUGCUUUAUUAUAAUUAUUUCCAUAUUCACUUUAGAACCGUAGUGUUGCUUGAUACGGCUAGGUAGGCCAGAGGUGAACUAUUGUGGAAAUGCUACAGUUAGCUAAAAUGCAAAAACAUGGAAGCGGGCCGAUAGAAGCCUGGAAAGAUGUAAUUGGAUACAAGCACUUUGUCAGACUGAAUGCUAAAAGCAGGCAGCAAUGUUAAUAUAACCAACCCAAAGACAAGACAGGUGGAUAGUCCCUGGGUAUUCAAAAUGGCUGUUACUUGUUGUAACAGAAGCAUGUUGAAUCAGAUUGGUGUUGUGCCCUGUGGGUUAUAGGGAAUACAAAUUGACGACCCGAAUCAGUGCGAAUGCUACAGCAACCUCUGUACCUGAAACAUAGGGUUGGUAAUAGUUUGCUCCCUGUGGUAAAAGGGAAAUGCAACCUGGAAGAACCUGUUUUGUGUAGCUGGAGAAAACUUGACACAUCACAAAUAUGGAUCUUCCAAAGGAAUACUGGGGUAGGUGAGGUUAGUUGUUGAAACAGACUUGAAAAUAAAGAGGUAAGAAGUCUCAAGGUUUUUAUAUACAAAGGUGCUAGCUCACUGGCCCUUUCCUAAUGAAUGUAAACAGAUACCAAACUCACGGCUGUUCAAAUAUUCAGUUGAUACUAUGAUUGUAUUACAACUGAUUCCGAGGAAAUGGGAGUUACUACCUACAGUUUGAUCAGUACUCAGGCUUUGGAGUUGGAGAUCUUCAUCUGAAACUUAUUUUGGAUUACUGAAGGUAAACAUUUUAUAACUUAAUUCAUUUUCUGGUUGCCUGACUAGAGUGGAUAUCUCUGUUCCUGAGCAGCUGCUCACUGCUAGGGGACCUUCACCUGUGCACCCAUGUUAAGGCUAACCUGUCCCCAUGACAAAGGUGAGACCGGUAGCACAGCCAUGCCCUUCUACACCAAGAUAGAGGGUGAAAGGGGUUUAAGAAGCAGCCUACCUGGUGUGCAACAUAAAAACCUUAUCAGAAGGACGUGAUCUGAAACGCAUAUACGCAAGCACUUUAAACCCGAUACAAACAGGCAUAUUUAGAAGCAAGCUAGACUGUAGCAAAGGAGGAAAGAAAUGGCUUUUGUAAGAAACAAUAUAUUUUAUUUUUCUGACACCACAGCCCUGGCAAGUGGUUUUGUACCAAAUUUAAUGGAGGUUACACAGAGAACGUUUUACGCUGGGGAACAAAAAAAAAAGAUAGCCACAAAAAAGGUCAGGAUAACUUUUAGUGUCUGUUCCACUCCCACAUUAAUAAAGUCACCGGGGGGGGGGGUCCUAAGAAAAGGAGAACGAACAGUAAGACUACUGUAGAAUGUAACAGUGUCAAAGUCCAGCCUCCUCCUGAAAGUAGCAACACUCUCAGAAUGAGAAGGGGCUCUCCUACAUAUACUCCCCAAAAAUAAUACAAUGUAUUGCAGCUGCCAGAGGAGGAGACAGUAAAGGGGGGGGGGGGCAAGAUGCCUUUUUUUUUUUAAGAGUGGGAGGGAGAGACAAAGGUGCUCGACAGCACUCCAUAAUUUGAAAAAUAUGUCCUUAACUUAUUUUUUUUUUAAGAUUCCCCCUCACUGAACUUAAGUUCCUUUUGUGCUUUUCAUUAAUACUCUGCUCUGAGGUCGUAGUUUGGUUUUUCUAUACAUUGGAGUUGAAGGAAAAUAGUCCAAAGUUCUGAAGAUGGAUUUUCCACCUAAAAGUAAACAGCCUCUCACCCCAAAGACUAAAGUCUCUGCUAAAAUCCCUUUUACAAUAUAGUACAGUACACAAAAAUAACCCCCCCAAAAUAACCAAGAGUCCUGGGAGAAGCCAGUCCAAAGGACGUAAACAUACAGAGAAUGGUGCAACUUGUGACAAAUGGCAAUUCUCAAAAUACAGCUACAGAUUCUCAAAGCAGGUGCCAUCACAGGAUAUCCAAGUACACAAAAAUAAUUUUUAAAAAAUAAAUUUUAAAAAAACAACCUGUUAAAAUGAAUUCAUUUGUUUUCAGGUAAUUCCAUACAUUCGAGAUUUCCCAAAGCAUCCUCUGGUCUGUUUUUUUACCUAUUGCAUGGCCAAACUGUGCUCCUGGAGCUCUCAGGCAGCCCUCAGGACCUGGAAUCUCAUCUCAACAAGGAUCGAACCAUCCAGUCUUAUGUAGCAGCUUAAAACAUCAUGUUCCCUGGAUUUCCAGGGCCUUGGCUAAAUCCUCCCAUUCCUACAUCAGCAGCCAUUCCCCGGGGUCUCAUCUGUGGAGGAAUCAUGAUGUUCUGUUGGGGUCCUAUCAUGCCCUGCAUUGACAUCAUCAUACCAGGUGAACCCACAGGUCCCGGAUGGCUGUAGAGCCCAGUAGGAGCGCGGUCCUUGCCUGGAAUCAUGCCUACUGGGUUGCUCAUUAGAGUGGGCUGGCCAGGCAUGGUUGGUUGUGCUGGUGACAUCAUCCGAUGGUGAGGUCCCAUCAUGCCUUGUUGCAGGAAGGCAGGAGGUCUCAUUGGGUUGUGACCUGGCAUGGAUGACGCUCCUCCAAGAGAAAUAUCAGGUGCGCCCACCGGCCCCCCCAUGCCAGCUAACGCCAGCCCCAUUCUCGGAUUCUGUUCUGCCAUCAUUCCCUGCAUGUGAGAAAACCCAGGCCCAACACCCUGUGGCUGCUUGCGGCCCGGUACUUCCCCACGAGGGAAAUACUGUAGUGUCUGGCUAGGCUUCUCUGAUGGAAUAAUCCUGGACAGGUCGAAUUCUGGUAUUCCAGUAGCUCCAGGGCGAAUCACUUCCUGCAGCUCCGGAUCGGUAAAAACUGAAGGCAUGUUGUUUCCUAGGACAGUGAAAGAAUCGGGUCCUCCGGGACCUCCAGACUUGCAAAGUGCGGGAUCUGUUGAACUUUGGGGCAUGCUGGUGGGACGUCCCAGAGGUCCCUCACCGUGGAAGCUCAUUCCAGCUGGGAAGUUGCCUUGUCCUCCACUCGGUCCAUUAUGUGGAAAUGGCACCUGCUGGGGAGGGGACUGUACUGGAGGAAACCCCUGUGGGAAGCCCAGGCGUCCUUGAGGUACCAUUGGUGGAUCCUGGGAACCAUGACCCAUCAUUGGAUUGUGUGACAUCAGGCCAGGGACCCCAUGAGGAGGUAUACUGGGUCCCAUAGCAUUUGGAGAGGGCAUCUGGUUACUGUGAGUUAGAGGCUGCGUCAUUCCCAUUGGGCUAAGAGUUGGCAUCGGGCCCACCUGGUUGGGACCUGAACUGCGAGGAUUCUGGGGGUUAAUGCCCAUUCCUAGAGAGAAUGGGAGGGGGAAAAGGUUAAGAUUAGAGCAAGUAGGUGAUAAUACAAAAAGCUUUCAGGAAUGGCAAGUACUGCAUACGUGACUUCUAAUGUGGAAAUGAGUAAUCUAUGGAUAGCUAAAUAUCUCCUUGCUAUACUACAGCCUCGCAUAAAAUAAGGACCACGUCGAAAGCACACCAACACAAAGAGGUUGUCCCAAAUGCUGACAUAUUUUCCAUCAGAGACCGUUGCACAUACUGGAAUCUCUCAAUACAAAGACAAAUGUCAAAGGGGAGGUUUCAUGUUGGUGAAGGUAAGAACAAUUGCUGAAAUGAGGGAACCUUUUCCACUGUUGACUUCUCUGCCAAGGCAACCCGGUCACACUGUAAUAAGGCAUGAUCAAGGGUUCACAGAGGACAAGGGAAGCCCCAAGUAUGCCCUAGAAAACAUCCACCAUUUUCACCAGGGUGAAUCAGAAGUAUUACGCAAGCUUAAAAAGAAUGGGGGUAACAAUUUGGUCUUUUCCUUGAGGUAUUCCAUAGGUGACUGAUACAACAGCAGAACAAUGGAAUUUAACCCUUCUCUAGAAGGGAAAAUGAUGCAAGUUUACUCCAAAUCCUUCUACAAGAAGCCACUAAAGGAGAAGGUCUCCAGGAAUAACAUUGCCUACAAAAAGAGGGGGUCCAGAACAGAGGCAGAGGGUGUCAUUCUGGAGUUGCUUGGCACAGCUAAGCUCCAAAUCUUCCACAACCAUCUCACUACAUUUUACUGUUGUAGGAUUCUAGUCACAUGAAGCGAUUUAUCUCACUAUUUCCAUCAGGUUGGUUAAAAGAGCAAAGGUGUGCUUUUUCAAAAUAGAAGUACUACCACCUAAAGUCUAACCAUCCUGGAACCUGAAUCAAGAACCUGGACACACUUAAUCUAAGCCUCAACACCUUACUAUGAAGAAGAGAAGUUGUCACUCUUCUAAGUCAGCUUGACAUAAACUCAACAGCUUUUAAAACUCCUCUUAAUCCAAUUGGAGUCAAACAAAAUCUGACAUCAUUUCUCACUUCCUUGGGUAGAACUUGUUUCUGGGUUCUAAGAAAGACCCAACUGAAACAGCCACAAGCAAGUCACAGAACACACUACAUCAAUAUCAGAAUGAUUCUUAGACUGGUAAGUGGCUCUCAUGUAAACUAUGAUAAAACGUGAUCACUUGAGACACACAGAGACAUAAUCCCUAGUCUUUUUUCACAAAUUACACUUGGUGUAAUAGUUUGCGCUAUACUUGCAAGUCACAAUGCUCCAUUUUCAAUGUGGAUAACUACUGUUGGAAAGUUAAAAUUGUGAAAAAAGAGAGAAGGGUAUGAUAAUUUAUGUAACUGCCUACAUCAGCAGCCUCCUACCAAACACUUGGGUUAAGUUACACAGGCUGUUUGCUGCCCCCACCUUAAGCUGUCCAUCCUAGGUGAGUAGUUCCUGACAACUCAAUUUCAGUGAGGCUAUUUCAGUGUGUCACUGUUUUGCCACAUGCAAGUUGCAAUUUCAUUAGCUUCUCCCUAUGAUAUUCUCCAAACCACAUGCUACCAGCCACAGCACACCUAUACAGCAUUUGUUUCUUACCCGAAAGAUUGUUCAUAGGUGGCAGGUUUGGGGAACGUGCUGGAGGAGAGUCAUCAUCUGAGGAAGCUACAGUCUUGAUAGCGUCAUGGUAGAGUGGAGUAGAACUGGGCAUUGCAAACUUGGACAUCCGGGACAUCAUGAUGGAGAGAGGAUUUUGAGAGAGAGUAGGCUCUGGGGGCAUUGUGUAUGGACUGCUAGAAGGAAGAUUUCCAGGAAGAGUCACAGGAGCAGCCUGGCUAACCGUUGAAGGGGGUGCACCACCUAAAUAAAUAAAUAAAUACAAGUUAGCCUUUAACAACUAGUCACCUUGCCUAGAAUACUUUGGAAGUUUCACUCAACAGCUUCCUGUUGGGUCUGGGUUUAAAUGCCAAUUUGACCAUAUGAAACUUAUUUAUAUCAAAUAAUAUCACUGGUUAAUCUGGCCCUGUAUUACUGUCUACUCUGAUUGGCAGCAGCUGUCCUCAGGCAGAGCGCUUUCCCCCAGCCCUGAAAAAGGGAACUGUGCCCCUCCUUCGCUCCCUCGCCCCUCUCUCUUGCAUACCACAGUACAUCAAUAUACUGCAAGGCAACUGCUCCAUAAUCAGGCUGUCUGCAGUUUAUUUAGUGUUUCAUUCUCUAUGACACACGUUACCCUACACUAUACGCAACAAGAAGUUCAUUUUCAGCCACACACAAGGACAACACUUGUGUACCACAAAAUCCAGGUAUCUGAGAACAACUAAGCCUUCAAGAUGCUGUGACACUCUUACAUUGGACGAAGAGGGUUCUGACUUAAGAGGCAUCAAUUAUAAUCCUACAAGUUCACCCCCACUGGCUUCUCUGCCAAUGUACCAAAUGCUCAGAGAAAAGCACACAUCCCUAGAAGGAGUGGACUCUGGUCCCCUCUUGAAUCCACUAAGACAACUGUAUUGCAAUGAAGUUGUUGUGAGCUGUCCCGUGUGGUAGGCACUAAAAGCGUAGGAUAUAAAAUUUUAAAUAAAUAAAUCUCUGGGACAAUAGCAAGCCAUAACAGCAAUAGCAACUACACACCCUGUCCAUCAAUGGUCUUUCUGCAUAAAUGAAGCUUGAGUGUGUGUACAUCAGGGACUAGAUCUACUUUCUCCUGGUAACACUAGUCCCAUAAGUACUUACAAGGAUGGUACUAUAAUCUGCAGUUAUGCACGAAAUACACACUGUAUUACCAUAAACUGAAUUUCAGACCUUGUUACAAAAUAAUUAUAUGAACCAGGGUAUUCAGACAAAUCAAGAGGAAGAACUAAUAAAAUAACUGCAGGAAAGGGAAGAGGAGAGGUUAUUUUCAUACUGGAUCCUUCAAGCCAUUUGCUUUUUGAGAGCCCAGGUGUCAGAAUCUCAACAAAAUGCUACUUUCCCCAGUUUCUCAGCAAUCUGUACAGCUCAUUAUCAUCACAGUUGCUAGAAAAACUAUUUUACGCCCAGCAAAUGCAACUACUAUGCCUGGUUUUUGUGUGUGCAGAACACCAGAAUCUCUCAAGACUAGAAUGACAGGCACUAACUGGAUAAUGCCCCUUGACAUCCCUACCAACCAUAGUAGCUCCAAACAUCCAUGCAUGCUUCAUGCCAUUCAGCAAUGCCUGCUGCUGAGAUAAAGGAGGGAGGACCUGGGUCACAGAGAGACCAGGAAGAAAGCAAGUGCCUUUAAAAAAGAAAAAAAGGCUCAAUUUCAUAAAUACAACUAACAGUAGAGAGAACAAACUUGCCUGUGCAAAAAUGUACACCCUCCAGCUACCUAAUGGUUGAAAUCCCAACAAACAGAACAGUUACCCUGUGAUGCAUAUAUGAAGCAAAGCUGAACAGCUUGGGGGAGUUCAGAAGUUUAAACACUAUUAUUAAAUGUGCUGUUUCACAUAAGAGCACUAACCAGCUUACUAAAAGUUCCAUUUCUUAUUCAACAAUGCACCAUGAGCUAUCACUGCGUAUUUUUAACACAUGUCAGACAAGGUCAAUGUUUUCCACUGUCAACCCAAGUCUCUCAAGCAAGGUUUCAUUCCAAUUGUGAUGGAAUGAAAUCAGGAGUGUCUGGAUUUGUCUGCAGACAGAAGAAAUGGCAGUGACUAUGCAUUGGCUGCAAAUCCAGCUACCAUCAACCAAAGCAUCAAGAUGACAGAGGGGAGACGGAGAGAAACUUGUUCCAAAUCUAGUGUUUUUCAAUGCAGUCUCAAAUGCUAUUCUAUAGUUUCAGAGUUAUUUCUAACUCUCACUGAGUUUAUCAAAAUGUAACUUAUAUAAUCUGUACUAUUUGUCUAGAAUAAAGUGUAUGUAGGUUCUAAUAAACC